UCAAGACGACUAGAAGUCCACUCCAAAUUAAUUCUUACAAGACCGAUUAGCCCAAAAAAGAUUGGUUUUUGCAUAUCGAUCAAAGAACAAACACUGCUCAUCAGUCACCACAACCAUCACCACUCGAUGUUCCGAUCAAAUUGAGCAAACCCUAACGUAACAAAAUGCAAAACUCCGACGCUGCUAUUACAGACGACGACGAUGCAUCCGCCACAAUCUCCGACGACGGUGCCGCCACCAUGGACACGGAUACCGACGCCGGAAGCAAAAACGACGCCGUUGAGUCUCUACCUCCGUUCCUUCAAGGAGAUAAAGUUUUGGCCUAUCAUAGCCGUCGUAUCUACGAAGCUAAGGUGUUAGAAGUUGAUCCGACAAAGGAGCGCUUUUUUGUUCAUUAUCAAGGUUGGAACAAAAACUGGGAUGAAUGGGUAGGCAUGGAUCGUCUUAUGAGACACAACAAAGAGAAUCUUGAGAAACAGAAAGCAUUGGAGAAAGAAUACCCUUUGGAAAAAUCAGUGCGUGCGUUCCAUUUGAAGCCCAAAAAUCCCAACGUGACAAGAGGCAAGAAGAGAAAAAGGUUGUUUAAGGGCACUGCAUCUUAUGAAAAACUCGUUGAUGUCCAAAUACCGUCACCAUUGAAAAAGCAUCUGGUCAAUUAUUGUGAAUACGUAACUCAUAUGGGCAAGCUUGUUAAACUUCCAUGUUUUCCAAAUGUGGAUGAAAUAUUAAAGCUUUAUCUGGAGCAACAGUCGAAUAAGGAUGGCAGUGCUUCUGUAGAAAUAAUAAGUGGAUUACGGUGUUACUUUGAUAAAGCAUUGCCUGUAAUGCUUCUUUAUAAAGGCGAGCGUAAACAGUACGAAGAAGCAACUGCAAACGGAAUUUCUCCUUCUAAAGUUUACGGAGCCGAGCAUCUAUUACGCCUUUUUGUCAAACUACCCGAAAUACUAUACCAUGCUAACAUCGAAGAGGAGACGCUGGCAGACUUGCAAAACAAGUUACAAGACUUUCUCAAGUUCCUACAGAAGAAACAGAGCUUGUUCUUUGUAUCAACCUAUGAAACACCAAUGGGUUCUUGCACAACGAGUAAAUGAGCUACAAGUUAUGUAAAUAUUAAACCAAUACUCCAUGCUAAGUGUUUCUUAGGUUUGUGGGUUACAUUUUGUAACGGGUUUUUGGCAUGGAGAGCUCCUGCAGUUAUGUAUAGAAAAGUCGAAUAUUUAAAUAUAAAUCACGGUACGCUAUUUAUGGUAUCUAACUUUAGGUUAUGGUAUGGUGGAUUCUUGUUCG